UAGGCUGCUAGCACUCCGCCGAACUAGUACGCUGUCAGCGGUGUUUCAGGGCUGGAUAGGCACCUACGGCCUCGGAAAACUAUUGCAAAAUAUAUAUAUAAAAAAUUAUCGCACAUAUCCGUGUUAUUUGAUCGGUUUGGGUAAUGGUCAGGUGAUAAUUUGAGAUUCGAACGCAAUGCGUUUCCGUCCACGACUACCAACUUCUAAGCAAUACAAUCGCCACUAAAAACUUUAUUUUCCAGAAGGCCUUGCAUUUUGUUACAACAGGUCCACGGAAUAGGAAGAGAGGAGACUGAUUAGGCUAUUAGACAACGAAAUACAUUGUAUUAUCUUUGGCCUUUUUUACAAUUGAACAACAAGAAGAGAACUCAUCUACACGAUUAUAUCGGACAGGCUACGGGACAGGAUCCGGAUUAAAAAUACAUUGAGCUACAACGCCACCAGCUCUCCUAGAUACUACGAUCCAAGGAAUUAUUUAACUGGUUAAAUGCGGUACGAGGCUAAAAUGAUGCCGAUGUUCUUGACAGUGUACCUCAGUAACAAUGACCAGCAUUUUACCGAGGUGCCCGUUACCCCGGAUACUCUGUGCCGGGACGUGGUGGAGCUGUGUAAGGAGCCCGGAGAGACAGAAUGCCACCUGGCUGAGAUGUGGCGCGGAUCUGAGCGACCUGUGGGAGAUGGGGAGCGGAUGCUGGACGUGCUUCAGCGCUGGGGACAGCACAGGGCAGAGGUGCGCUUCUUCCUGCGUCAUGACCGAGCGCCCAGCAGAGAAUCGGGUGGCUCCCGAGGAUCAGACUCAAAGAGGAAUGGAGUGAAGAGCCCCUCAGAUAGACGGAUGGAGAACGGGGUGCCGGCCCCACGGAUGGACAUGACUCUGGCUGAGCUGCAGGAAAUGGCUGCCAGACAGCAGCAGCAGAUAGAUGCACAGCAACAACUCCUCGCCUCCAAGGAGCAGCGUCUGCGCUACAUGAGGCAGCAGCAGCAGCAAGCGUCCGAGCAGGAGAAGUUGCAGCGUCUCAAGGAGAAUGUGGAGAACCAGGAGACCAGGCUGAAGAAGGUCCGGGCCCUCAAGGGCCAGGUGGAGCAAAAGCGCCUCAGCAACGGCAAGCUAGUGGAGGAGAUAGAGCAGAUGAACCGUCUGUUCCAACAGAAGCAGAAGGAGCUGGUGGUGGCUGUGUCCAAGGUGGAGGAGCUCAGCAGACAGCUGGAGAUGCUCAAGAACGGCAAGAUGGACUCCUUCCACGACAACCAGAGCUCUGUGGCUGAACUGGACCUCCUCUACAAGGAGCUACAGCUGCGUAACAAGCUGAACCAGGAGCAGAACUCAAAGCUGCAGCAUCAGAGAGAGAGUCUGAACAAGCGCAACCUGGAGGUGGCCUCUAUGGACAAAAGGGUCAGUGAGCUCCGAGACCGCCUCUGGAAGAAGAAGGCCGCUCUGCAGCAGAAAGAGAACCUGCCUCCCCAGAUGCCCUGGCCCUCAGAGCCGGCCUCUAUCAAAAAAAAUGGCUACCCUGGUAAGGAGAGGGCUUCAAAAGACGCUCAUCCCCAGCUGCCCUCUGAUUGUCCGGGGAGUCAGCAGCAGCAUCAGGGUCCUUCUCGUGUGGCGGCUGUCGGCCCGUACAUCCAGUCGUCCACCAUGCCUCGCGGCCCAGUGAGACACGAGCUGCUGGUCAAACCUGCUGUCUACCCCGACGCCACCACUAACAUGCCUGCACAACCAGAUCCCCAGGGCAAGGCCAACACAGCUAAAUUGUCAGAGUGGGGCCCUUCUGGACCAGAGCCCAACAGCAGUAUUCAUGGGUCAUCCUCCACACUGCCCAGAAUGACCUCUCACCCCAACCCCAACACAGAGCAAGAUGAGACUGAGGAGAUGAAGAAGGACAGGAGGGUGCGUCCCUUUUCCAUGUUUGAGCCCACUGAAGUGCCCACCGCCUCCCUCCGCAAGAACCAGAGCAGUGACGACCUGGUCAGAGACUCCCAGUCUGCUGCUAAACCCCCAGUUAAGGUUCCCCCACCCGUUGCCAGUAAACCCAAAGCACACAGUGGUGCCCCCUAUGGCAAGCCAGGCUUCAACACAGGCACCUUCCCCAAGGCCAAGCCUCCCAUCCAGCACCAGCAAUCCCAGGGGGGCCCACAGGCCCAUGUCUCUCUGCCCCCCUCCCAGAGCCAGACCCUGCCCCUGCCCUCAAAGCAGGACCCCCCUCCGGCCGCCACCGUCAGACCCUUCACCCCAGAGCUGCCUAAAGACCUGAUCAAGCCCCAGACCCUGACAGCCAGCUCCAUCUACUCCAUGUACACCCAGCAGCCCACCCCAGGCAAGCCCUUCCCACCGGCCUUGCAGGGGGCUCUCAACAGGAGCCAGAGCCGUGGCAACGGAUUUGUCAGUGUGUACGGUAAGCCCGUGAUCCCCAGCGGAGGCCCCCAGCACCCAGAGAACCCUUACUGCGAGCAGCGACACUCCCCAGACCAGCACUCUGAGGUGGACCACGGGGCCCCCCAUGUCCCCCCCACCGAGGGCCAGCAGGGGGAGACAGAGCGCACCCCUCGUCCCCUCAGCCCCACCAAGCUGCUGCCCUUCAUCUCCAACCCUUACCGCCACCAGAGCGACGGGGACCUGGAGGCCCUCAGGAAGAAGCUGUACAACGCCCCACGGCCCUUGAAGAAACGCAGCUCUAUCACAGAGCCCGAGGGCCCCGCGGGGCCCAACAUCCAGAAACUGCUAUACCAGAAGACCACACUGGCUGCUAUGGAGACCGUCCUCACCACGCCCACCACACCCGAGGCUGUGAAGGAGGAGGGAGGGGCAGGGCCUGAGCACACUCCCCCACCAGCCAUCCCAAAGAAAGACCGAGAGGAGUUCACUCCGCCUCCCCAUCCGGCCCAUCCUGCACCGCGACCUGACCAGCCCCUGUUCCCCGCACCGCCCCCUGUUGCUGCUGUUGGCAUGGAGGAGCCCAGUCCACCCAGCCUGACCCCUCCUCCAGAGACUUUCACGGAGGAGUUCCCCCCCUACCCCCCACCACCGUACCCCAGCGGGGCUGGACAGGAGAGCCUAGGGGAGGACACUCUCAGCAUGCAGGCACCAGAGGUCACCGGACAGGUCACAUUGCCACCUGGGAAGAGGACCAACCUGCGUAAGACUGGCUCAGAAAGGAUUGACCACGGUAUGAGGGUGAAGUUUAACCCCCUGGCCCUGCUCCUGGACUCCUCUCUGGAGGGAGAGUUUGACCUGGUCCAGAGGAUCAUCUACGAGGUGGAGGACCCUAGUCUGCCAAAUGAUGAGGGGAUCACAGCCCUCCACAACGCAGUCUGUGCCGGACACACGGAGAUCGUCAAGUUCUUGGUGCAGUUUGGUGUCAACGUCAACGCAGCCGACAGUGAUGGAUGGACUCCGCUGCACUGCGCGGCCUCCUGUAAUAACGUGCAGGUGUGUAAGUUCCUGGUUGAGUCCGGAGCAGCGGUGUUUGCUAUGACCUACAGUGACAUGCAGACGGCAGCAGAUAAGUGUGAGGAGAUGGAGGAGGGAUACAUCCAGUGCUCCCAGUUCCUCUACGGAGUGCAGGAGAAGAUGGGCAUUAUGAACAGGGCCGUAGUCUACGGCCUGUGGGACUACUCCAAUGACAAUUCUGAUGAGCUGGCGUUCCGCGAGGGUGACUGCAUGACCAUCGUUCGCCGGGAGGACGAGGACGAGAUCGAGUGGUGGUGGGCGCGCAUGGGCGACACCGAGGGGUACAUCCCUCGGAACCUUCUGGGGCUUUACCCAAGAAUCAAGCCCAGACAGAGAAGCCUGGCUUAGACCGGCUCAUCCUGAACUGGACACGGUCUGCAUCUUAGGCUAUGUUUACAUAGGCAUCCCAAUUCUAAUAUUUUUUUGACCAGUCACAUCAGAUCUUUUCACAUCAGAACUUUUUCAGAGCUGAUCUGAUUGGUCAAAAGACCAAAUGGUGAAGACAAAUGCCUGUCUAAAUGCAACCUAAUUGGUCCACAGUAGCUUUCGCUCCUCGUCUCCUCUCCUCGUCUUUCUCUGCUUCAUCUGCUCUGACCUGUCAUGUCACGAUGGGUACUAGUAAUAUGUUAGAAGGUUCCAGGGUAAUUUGAUCUCACUUUGCCAGCUCUUUCACAUCCGUGAGGAUGGAUGAAAUGAGGCAAGGGAAGGGAGCCAGUCGAGACAACAAUUGAUAUGGAGAUCCAUGCAGGCUUUAACAGGACUUUACAAGGACAGGCCAACAAUCACAUGAAGAAGCGUUGAAAGACCAAACCACUUGAAGGAUUUUAAACUGACCUAUGAACACUACUUGUCAGGCGGGCCUAUAACCACUGACUCUAUGGCCCGACUGUGGCACUUUUAUAUACCAGCAGAAGAGGUUUUCCACGUGUAUUUUUCAGACCACUAUGUGUGUAUAAGGCACUAAAGGCAUUAUGUUUCUCUACAUGUUAGUCAUAUUAUUUUCAGGUCAGAUUUAAGUAUCUGCAGUUAUAUUGAUCGGAACUCUGGGGAUAAAUGGAACAAACAGUAUUUUUAUGUAGAAAGGUGAUUUUUACACUUCUAAAACAGUCUUUCAAACUGUGUUUUCUUCUGGGUUAAUAUUUAAUUUGAACCCUGUUAGAAAGAGCUGGAGCUGAAGAGAGUAUUAGGUGAGUGAAUGAAUGAGUGUAAUGUUUGGUGAUGUGUGACAUUCUGUCUGAACAGUUAUUCUGUUACCUCGACAAUCCCUGUGGGGGCUCGGUCUGCUUGUCAUUUCCUGUUUUUAGUGGCCGUGUCCCUCUGUGCAACUAAAAUGUUUAACCCAUGUUUCAGCAUUGACCCUACUGUAUUGGCAAGUGUGUGUGUGUGUGUGUGUGUGUGUGUGUGUGUGUGUGUGUGUGUGUGUGUGUGUGUGUGUGUGUGUGUGUGUGUGUGUGUGUGUGUGUGUGUGUGUGUGUGUGUGUGUGUGUGUGUGUGUGUGUGGCGCUAUUACCACUGUUCAGCUUAUCAAAUUGGGGGGGGUGUAUAAUGCUAAUGGUUGGCAAAAUUUAGCCUAUGCCACUGUUGAUUUAGCAAUUGCUAUUGACUCUUGUUCUUUUAUGAUGCCAAUAUAGCCUGUGAUAUGUUUUCUAUGUGAGCAGAUUAUUAGCAUCGCUCAUUAUGUUUCUCUACACUGGCUUUAUGGUUGAGAUAUAACAAACCUAAUAGUACUGCGGUUGUGCUAUUGUCACAAUGAGCAUUCCUCUGAAACUAACUCACUUGUCGAAUCCAUGUUUUCUGUUGCUGAAAUGAUGUCCACACAAUUCAUUUGGACCAUUUAGCCAUGUAGGAAGGAUGAGACUAAACUUCAAGAGACAUUUUUCACCUGUUAUACCUGUGUAGCUUUUGAUUGAAGAGUAAGAGAUGGCAAAAGAUUCAUGGUUACAAUGGCAGACAAGGAUGUCUUUCUUUCAAAUCUCUCAAGCAGGUUUAAUUGAAUGAAAACUCGGUUAAUCUGCUCAUUCAUAGUAAGGAAUUCUGCAUCAACUCGCCUCCACCCUUCCCACUGUCUUACUCAACAGAUGUAUUUAUUUUUGUUACCUUAAUAUCAUUUCUUUUUGUCUCGUCAAAACUAUAACCUCACGUGGAGAAUUGUAAACAUUUACAAUAAAAAUACUUUGCAAACUAA